CUAACCAAACAGAAAAGGCAUUUUGAUACUGCUUAAAAACAAUGGGAAUUUGUGAACUGUCCCUUAAGCCAGGAAUGGGAUUUGCUUGCUAGUGGAAUCCAGCUGUGAGUCAGAUAUUUAGGUUUGGAAGAGGAGCAAGGACAAGAAGAAGGGAGAAAACUGAUGGAUCAGAAAUAGAGCUGAACAAGGCAACCUCUUUCAAAGGGAAGAGUGUCUCUGUGGUGAAAGAAUCCCCCUGUGUCUGCAGCAGUCAAGGGAGAAGGUCUUCGAGGAACUAUGGGGAGCAAGAAAAAGAUCAGUGUUCCAGCAAAGUUAAUCAAUGGAGGUGUGGCCGGGCUAGUGGGAGUGAGCUGCGUCUUCCCAAUUGAUUUGGCGAAAACACGUCUUCAAAACCAGCAGGGACAAGGAGUCUAUACUGGAAUGCGGGAUUGCUUGGUGAAGACUCUGCGUUCAGAGGGAUUCUUCGGCAUGUACCGAGGGGCCGCGGUGAACCUGACACUGGUCACGCCAGAGAAAGCAAUCAAGCUGGCAGCCAAUGACUUUUUUCGACAGCUGCUGUCACAGGACAGGAAGGAGUUGACGCUGGUGAGGGAGAUGCUAGCUGGCUGUGGAGCUGGGGCCUGCCAAGUGGUGGUCACCUCCCCCAUGGAGAUGCUGAAAAUUCAGCUUCAAGAUGCUGGACGACUGGCUAUUCAUCAGCAAAAGGUUUUGGGAACAGAUGGCCCACCGGCUCCCUUCUCCCAGCCCCCGCAGGACAGGCCUUACACCACUGGCACAGCCUCAGCAUUCAAGCGCCCCUCGGCCACUGUGAUCGCCAGAGAUCUUCUGAAAACCCAGGGGCUAGUGGGACUGUACAAGGGCCUGGGAGUCACCCUGCUCAGGGAUGUGCCUUUUUCCAUUAUCUAUUUCCCACUGUUUGCCAACAUCAACAAACUGGGACAGAGGCACUCUGAGGAGAAGGCACCCUUCUUCCAUUCAUUCGUGUCUGGCUGCGUGGCGGGUUCCGUGGCUGCAGUAGCAGUGACCCCACUGGAUGUUUUAAAAACCCGAAUUCAAACUCUCAAGAAAGGCCUGGGAGAGGACACCUACAAUGGAAUCACUGACUGCGCCAGGAAGAUCUGGACACAUGAGGGCCCUGCUGCCUUCAUGAAGGGGGCAGGCUGUCGGGCCCUGGUUAUAGCACCUCUCUUUGGCAUAGCCCAGGGUGUCUAUUUUAUUGGCAUUGGUGAAUAUAUCUUGGGAUAUUUCCACUAG